AUGUCACACAGGCGCAGGUGCGUCCGCUUCGUAGGUCUCGUGCGAAGCUCCCGUCCGGCCCGAACGUGCCCGGUGGAAGCGCAGGACGCACGCGACUUCGCAUCCGAUGCGCGAUCCGAGCAGCCCGAUCUGAGACCCGGGUACUUGGAGGCGGUCGCCCAGAAGCGCCUGAUGACGCGCUUGGCGCGCCUCUUGACGUCCCACCGGCAUGGUCGGACCGACGUUACUUCGGGAGGAGGACGGAAGGUUGGACUUCCGCAGAUGGAAGGCUGGCGAUGGGACGCGUCCCAUCGUCGUGGAGUGCGCAUCAUGGCAGGGCUGCAGAAGGCUGCAGCUAGAGAGAGCGCCCAAGAGAAGCAGAAGGAGGCACAGGCCGCGCAGCAAGCCUUGCGGCAAAAGCGAGCUGCAGAGGCAGAAGCAAGGUCCCUGGAACGGGCCGCAGCCAAGCGCCAGCGGGAAGAGCACCGAAACCGCUGGAAGUGGCUCAAUCGCAAGGACAUCACCAUGGAAGAGCUGCUGCACUCGAAAGCCACCGAGCACCUGCUCGCGCCCCCGGCGACCGUGACCGCGACCGCGCGCGGCGCACCGCGGAGCCUCCCGCGGCGCCCGCGACGGGUCGCGCGCGACCUCCACCGGUGGGUCGCCGGCGGCGCGUGCCUGGGCGCCGUCUCCGGUGUCUCGGGUGCCGUGCGAAGAGGGCGGUGCGGCCGAGGUGUGCGAAAGGAAGAAGCCCGAGAGCUUUGGCAAAAAGCCUAUGCCAUUGAGAUCGAGCGAAGCCAGCGACUGGAACCGAGCUCCGCUUCCGGCGCCGCUUCCAGCGCACCGGGUUCCAGCGCAUCGGCGGCCGAAUGGCAAGCGGCCUACGAGGUGUUGAAGGCCAAGAACCUGGAGCUGGAACAAGAAGCGGUGGCCCGGCGGCGCCGAAACCUCGAAACGGAGGCCGCCGCGUCCUCGGCGGCCGCCACGGAGACGGCGGUAGCGCCGGUACCUGAGACGGCUCCGAAGGACUUUGCUGAACCCCGAGACCUGGAAGCCGACGAACGUCCGAAAGCGCCUUGGGCGGUCUUUGGCACCGACCGGAUCGAAAUCGAUUCUCAGCAGCUGGCGGACGUGGCGCGUUUUCGCGACGCGCUGGGCCCCGGCACGCUGCCGCUGCUGUCGGCGCUCUUCGAGGAGGCGCGGGGGGAACUCCCGCCGCCCGGAGACGUGCGCGAUGCCCUGGAGCUGCCGGGCAGCGGCUUCACCGUGACCGGCAGUGCCCCGGUGACGGAGAUGGAGUGGCGUGACGUGGGCGGUCGCGGCACGCCGCGCUCCUUCGUGGAGCAGCGACAGGCCUCGCUGGACCAACGCUAUGGGGCAGGGAAGUAUGUGGUUCUCCUCCAACGGGAGCGGCCUCCGCCGGCGCCGGGCCUGAGCCUGUGGCCCAAGGGGCAAUUUGACCCGGCCAAGGUGGACUCCGCGCAGAAGGAGGGGUUCCAAGCACAGAGGUUCCAAGCUGGAGGGAGGCCGACCUUCUGGGCAGCUGACCUGGUGAUGUUCCUUUUCCCCUGGAAAGGGCCAAAUUGGAGCCCAGAGAUGCGGCUGCUGAUCGGAGCCUCGCUGGCAGCCACGGCCUCCUUCUGCAACAUCAUCGCUGCGGCGGUGGGUUCGUUGAAUGGCGAACGAAGUGAUCUGCUUCUGAAUAAGUCUGUGGAGGAGGUGACCUACAGUCCAAUGCUGGGCGUCGCCGUGACGCGUCUGGACGCCGAUGGCGUGGUGCCCGUGGGCGUGGGGCUCUUCCUCAUGCUCUUCGCGCAGGGCUUCGCGCGGAAGCAGGUGGCUGAACUGAACGAUGCGAAAAUCCGUGGAGGAUACUUCAUCCCUUCUUCCAGCUUGGGAACUCUGGGGCGCACUUGGGGCUUUGCCGGGUCGGAAGCUGAGACUGAGAAGGAAGUGACGAGCUUGGCGCCCUCGCGCCGCACGGAGAUCGACGUGACCCUGGCGGGUUCCUACGCCGGGCUCUGCGGCGCCCUGGCGCUGUGUCUGCUGGGCGUCCUGCGGGGCGACGCCUCCGACGGGCUGCUGCUGGUCGAGGUGACGCGGCUGCCGCUGCUGUUGGCACAAGCUUUGGGCGAUUCCUUCCCCGACGAUGCGGUUCGAACCGUCCUGAGCUUGAGCAGUGGGGAAGCUGCAGCCAGUGCUCCUGCGAAGGUCACGGUCGACCCCCUCUUGCUCAGCGGCAGCCUGGCUCUCACUUCCCAAGCCGUGCAACUUCUGCCCUUGCGCGGCUGUGACGGGCACCUCCUGGCGAGGUUCCUGUUUGGACCUCGUCCGCUGCAAUUCAUCGAGUUGUGUACCGGAGUCUUGUUGCUCCUGGGUGCCGUAGGACGGCUCGGUCCCAAUGCCAAUGCCACGGUGUGCUCCUCCGCGCUCUUUGGCUGGGCGGCGAGAUUCCUGGCGUCGAGGGAGUCGCCCCUACCGCCGCGCGAAGACUUCGACGACGAACCGUGGGCCUCGCCAACCGCCGCGGCGGCCGCGGCGCUGGCGCUGGCAGCGGCCGGGCUGCAAGAAAGCUUUCAUUCACAUGAUGCCUGGUGUCCAGCAUAUUUAGUAGAUUGCCGGAUUGCCUCUUUUUCAAGCAAUGCCCGCAGCACCAGUCAGGUACAUGGAAAAGCAUUCUUUCCUCUGGGUGCAGGAGGAGUGUCCUUCUUUUUGAGCAAGGGACACUUACUGCUGGACGAGGAGGAAGAUGAGGAAGAGGAGGAAGACUUCUCUGCGCACUCAUGGAACAAGUGCCAACCGGAGCCCUUCGCCAGUGGGGCUCAGGUCUUCGUUUGGGGACAUCAUGCAUGUUGGCCGGUCUGCGAGGCCGCCGAGGCGGCGCGCGCGCCGGAGACCGGCAUCCACGCGCCCACCGAGGCGGCCUGGUUCAGACAAUAUGCUGAGCAGAACAACUGCAAGUGGCAACAGCUGAGCUUCGGCCCGAGCUUCGGGGCCUCCCGCACCGACACCGGCGACGCUCGGUGGGGCUCGACGUUGAGGAAGGAUGGCAAGAACCGGCAAUAUGCUCCUCCUCGCCCUUUGUUCCUCAAGGAUGAGACAGAGUUGAGGUUCCGAGAUGUGCAAUGCUCGGAGUCCUCGGUCUGGGGCCUCACGGCGGCGGGGGACGUGGUCGUUUGGCAGAGGGUGCCGCAGAUGAUCAGUGACCAUUUAGCCUCCCACAUGCCGAGGUUUUGCGUUGGUGGCAGACGUUUGGGAGGCUUAAAAAGACCUGUCAAGCAGAUGUCCGUGGGCGCGAUGCACGCGGCCUUUCUCACGGAGGAUGGCCGCGUGUAUUGCCUGGGACGAAAUGCCUGUGGCGAGUGUGGCUUCGAUCCUGCGGUGCAAAACGUGGCCACGUCCUGCCGAAGGGUGAGCUUCCCUCGACACAGCCAUCCAGUGCAAAGAGUCGAAUGCGGCAAAUCGCACACGGUGGCCGUGGGAGCAGAAGGGCAAUGCCUCUCGUGGGGCGACGACUCGAAGAUCCAGCUGGGCCUCGGCGACACACGCUCCGCCGUGGGCGAGGAACGCCCCUCCAGCGGCUCGCGAGGCUUUCUCAGACAGCGGCAAACUGGCGAGACGAUGUCCACACCCAGUGGCUUUCGCGGUGGUCCCGAGGAUAAGAGAUCCCGGGCGGCCUCCACGUCGCAGCGGAGUUAUAAAGACUUCGAGUCACAUCAGCAGGUGACACCCGCGAUGAUGAUGGAAAUCCCCUUGGAGCCACAAAGGCAAGUGCAUGGUAGUCCUUAUCCGCCUCCCAGCGAUGUGCGCUGCGGCGACGACUUCACGCUGCUGCUGGUGAGAGACAGCCCCGACUGGUACCCACCAGAGGAGGAGUCGGAGCGGCUCUUCUGCUGCGGUGAAAAUGGCAAAGGCCAGUGUGGUCGCUCGAUGCAACAGCAGCAGCAAACCUUUGCAGCCUGCCGGUUGCCACGGAACAGCAAAAUCCUAGGACUCUCCUGUGGAUCUGACCAUUGCCUGGCGCUGCUCCGCCGGGUGGGUUCCAGAAAGCAGGAACUUUGGGGUUGGGGCAGCAACGCCUGCGGCCAGGCCGGCGGCACAAAGCAUGGGGCGGUCUGCCCUGCCGCACGGCUACGGAUGCCCAAAGGAAUCCGCGUGGAGGGCGCCUUUUGCGGCUUCGCCAGCAGCGGGGUGACCUGUUCGACGUCCACGUUACGUGCAGCUGAAGAAAAUGAAGAUAGCUGA